CCAUCGCUAGUGUGUUUUCACCGCCUUUUUUAUUAAGCGAAUAACAAGUGAAGAUUUGCUGGGGGAAAACAGGAGCCGCAGGAAACAGGAAACAGGCAGACAGAGAGUACAGCAGAAUGCACGCUGGCGUUGUUAAGACGCCGCUCAGCGGCAGGAAAAAAGAUGCGGCUGUGCCGGCCAAAUCAGCGGAAAAGACGGCCAGCGGUGGCAAGAAGUUCGUGCAGACGCGUUUGCCCUUUAAGUUAUUAACGCCAGGCGGUGGGGCGGUGCCCACAUCCUCCUCCUCCUCAUCGUCCCCCGCCACUAUCGGCUCUGGCCCCGUCACUGUAAUCCUGGAUGAGGACGAUCCCGCUCCGCGCAAGCGAAAACUUUCGUACGACGAUGAGUCGCCAUCGGAGGGCACUGGCUGCUCUACGGGGCAACUGCGACGUUCGACCAGCAAGGAGAAUCUGGAUCUGGCCAGUUCCAUAGCCACUAAAAAGGUCAAGACCACGGAUUCGGUAGUGGAAGAUGUCAUAGAACUGGAUGAGGACGAGGCCGACAAGGAGAUAGAGGACCAGGAUCAGUUGGUAGAGGCCAAGUCCUCCAAGGAGGUCAAGUUGAAGCCCAAGAAGUCGGAGGGCAAGAAAGGCUCGCCGGCACCCAUACAAAUCAAGCUGCCAUUGGUCAACAAACGAUCAAAGCGCAGAAAAUCCCUGAAGAAAUCUGAGGAACCGCUGGAGACUUCGACCGCGGAUGUUGCCAAGGGGGACAGCGAGUCCAGCGAUGACAUAGAGAUUAUCGCCGAAGAACUGAACCCCCAGAAGAGGCAAAAAGUACAAACGCCGCGUGAGAAAUCCCCAGAAAACAGCUCUACAAGCGGCAAGCACACGGAGGAGGUCAUGCAGAAGAAUGGAAAGGACUCAAAGAAGCAGGAGGAGUCCAUGAAGGCGGUCAAGGAGUCGAAGAAGGAAGAGCCAAAGACCGCAGAACAAAAUAAAAAGAACGAUCAGGCCACAAUAGAUCUCUUUAUGGGAAAGAAAAUGGAAACUAAUAAGAAGGAUAAACCGGAGGUCAAGACCACAGCUAAAGACAACAAGAAAGAUCCACUGAUUGCAGAGGAUUCCAAACCAAAAGAAGUCCCUAAGAAGGAAACAAGCAAAACCGGAGGAAAAGGCAAGAAGGAGGGAGCAAAACCAGCUGAAAAGAGUAAGAAAGAAGAGAAGGAAGACAGCACAACAAAGUCAAAGAAAGAGAAAGCAGACUCACCUGCAAAUAAUCAAAAAGAACAACAAAUUGGAGUCAAGAAAAAGACUUCUGAACCAGAAGAUGCAUCGAACUCACACAAAUCGGUGACGGCCAAAAAGGAUUCCAAGAAAGACGAGGCAUCUACUCAAGUUAAGUCGGACAACGAAUCUCCGGAAGCAGCAGAAAUCUCGAUGAUCCUCUCGACCAGCGAGGCCAACAGUUCCAGCAGCGAGCACGAGAUGGAUGCGGAUACGGACACCGCGGCCACCGACAGACCCUCCGCCCAAAAGGAGACUCGCCUGAACAGGAAGAGUCUGCCGGAAGUAACCGGCGCCCCGAAGGGUCUUACGCCCAAACAGCAACGACUCAUGGAGCAAAGGAAAAAGGCUCGCGAGGAGAAGGAACAAAAGCUGGCGGAGGAGCGUCGCCUCAAGCAACAGGAUAAGGAGCACCGCGAGCAGCAAAAGAAACAGGAGCGCGACGAAAAGGAACAGCAGCGGAAGCUGGAGAGGGAUCAGAAGGAGCAGCAGAGGAAGAUGGAAAAGGAGGAGAAGGAGCGCAAGCGACAGGCGGAGGUGGACUCCAAGAACGAGGAGAAGCGCAAGCGCAACGAGGCCAAGGAGGAGGUGCAACGCAAAAAGGACGAGGAGCGUCGCAAGAAGGAGCAGGAGCGUGAGGAGGCCGAGCAAAAGAAGAAGCGCGCCGCCGAGUCCUUCUCCAAGUUCUUCGUGCCCAAGCAGCCCAAGUGCGGCAGCGGAUCCAACAACACAUCCUACCUGGAGCACGAGCAAAGCAGCUGCGACAGCUCCAAGGCCAGCAGCCAAACGCUGGCCUUUCGACCAUUUCAGAUCAAGGACGACAUGCUGCUAGCACCGAUCGUGCGCAACUCGCUCGGCCAGGAGCAGCGCUCCCAGCUAGAUGGACUUUUUCGACACCGGGACGAGGAAGCUGACGACGAGGAGGAAGAGGAGGAGCAGGACAUCGUCAGACGAAAGCCGCCGAAUCGGGCUAAUCUCUAUCUUAGUGAGUUGAGCAGCGGACGGCGCAAGCCGCUCAAGAUGCAGCGCGAUGUGAAGCUCCAAAGACGCACCAAGGACGAGGAGGAUGAUGACGAUGUUCAAGUGAUAGAUUACCUUUCACCGGCGGGUCUGCCCAUCGAGGUGGAGCAGCCCAAGCAGCUGACCCGAAUGAAGGCCAAGUAUCUGCAUUUCGCCGACAACCGGAGGCCACCGUACUACGGCACCUGGCGUAAAAAGAGCAGCAGCAUCUCCGCCCGACGCCCGCUGGCACAGGAUAAGGUGCUCUUCGACUACGAAGUGGACUCCGAUUGCGAGUGGGAGGAGGAGGAGCCGGGGGAAUCGUUGAGCGCUAGCGAGGACGAGAAAGAGAAGGAGUCCGAGGAGGAAUCGGAAGAGGAGUACAACGAGUGGUACGUGCCGCACGGACAUCUCAGCGACGAGGAACUGCAAAACGACGGCGACGGAAUGGAAGACGGCCACACGCGGGAGGCGCAGAAGGCCAAACUCCAGGUGCUGCAGCAGGAGUUCGCUCAGGAAAUGAAGAAGCAGACGAAAAAGAUCAAGGCGCGCCUGUUGGGUCCCGUUUGGCUGGACGAGAACGGCAACAAGUCCGAGCUAUUCCCAGCUAUCUUUGCCCACACCAUCGACAUGUACGCCUGUUGGCAGGUGGAGCCACUCAGCCUAGAGCCUCCGCCAGAACCGGAGCGUCAGGAUCAGACGCCAGAGCAGCCGGUGCCGCUGCAGCUGGACGAUCGUCUCAUGCAGCAGCUGGUGCGCCUUACCCACGGCAAUCGGAACUCGAAGACGUUCCUGAUCAACGAAUAUUUAGAGUACCUGAAAACCCAAGCGACCGCCGAGGCCAAUCAAACAACGCUGCCCUCAAAGGCUGUGCUGCGCGAGAAAUUCGACGAGCUUGCCAGCUGGAAGACCGUGGAGCUGAGCACACCCGAAGCCGCUGCCGCCAGUGCCAACAGCGCCAAAAAGGGCAGGAAACCGAAGAAGCGCCUCUGCUGGGUGGUCGCCAGCGAUAUGCUGGAAAAGUUCCAGCUGCCGGAUCUCCAGUUGCAGAAUCAAUGGAACUACACGUUGACGCCCAAGGUUAGCGACGGACCAGAUGCAGCGCAGCAAGAGCAAAGUCCACCAGCGGAUGCGGUACCAGCCGCCUCGCCCGCUUCCAACCAGACCACAAACUCGGCACCCACAACGCCCAUCAGUGGACAGACGCAGGCGGGUCAGGGCGUCAAGAAGCGGGCCACCCUGAUCAUGUCCGUGCCCAGGGAUCAGCCGAUUCCCUCGGCCACCAAGAACAAGCUGAUUAGCCAGUUUCUGCAACGCCAGAGCGAUGCCAGCAAACCCAAGGAGAAGAUGCAGGAGAAGCCACCGCCCAUUGUCUUCGAUGAUGUGGUGAUGCUCUCGGAUUAAGACUAGGAUUAAGCUAGAUCCCCUAAGGAUCUUCCGCUUCCUGCUAAGCGAGUAUUUUAAGAAUACACAUUUUUUUUGUCGCUAGUUUCACUCGUAAGUUGAUUUAAUUUUAAAUGUUCCGAUGUACGUUCGACUUGUAUGUCCUUCUCAGCCAACCCAUCCCCACCAGGGUCACCCCUGCCCCAACCAGCAUCCCACCCACUCGAUCGCAAAGUUUUUAAGAAGUUGAGCAACAGAAGCUCGCAGGAUUGCAAUUUUCAUUGAGCCAACUAAACAUAUAUAGUAUAUAUGCAAUAAUACACUACCUACCUGAUGAUGAUCUUUCAUUUGAUGGCGAUUUUGGGUUCGCAUUGGAAAUAUAUAGACACAAUACAU